AGCAUGCAAAUCAGAAGCCAUUUAAAACGCAAGAGCAUGCCUCAGCUUCAAGCAGAUGCCCAAUUCCAAUGUUUGCAGUGAAUACAAUUCAAGCAGAUGCUCUAGUUCCUGAAACUUGUAGAUCGAGGACAUUGUAACUUUUGUAUGUGCCAAAUUUGGUUUUGGGUUCAAAUGGCACGAUUUGUUCCAUCCAUGUUUGUUAUGGUCGAGUGGGUCAUUCCCAAGUCGAUGAAGCAUUCCAAGUUGAAUAAUCAAAUCACAAAUUGGAGAAGACUUUGACCAUGGCGGCUUGUAACAGAGUUGACUUGCAGAUCGGCAAGGACUAGUUUACGUAUUGGUCUGUAAAUUAAUAGGGGAAACACAAAACGUUGUACAGACUGAUAUUUUAUCCUUCUUAUUUAUCAAAAUGUUUGUGCGCAGAUCCCCCUGGAUUCCUUUUAUGUAGAAGUUGCAUAAACAGCGUUGACUUGAGGCUAGAUCAAACCAGUUCUACCGUGCCAAAGAAUGCAUCAAAAUCAAAUCCAGGACAGUCAUCUAACCGAUCACUCAAAAUUGUACCAUCAGUUGUACAGGUAUGCUAGUGAGGGAAGGCAAACUGACUUUAUCACAGCUAUUCAGAAGGUUGCAAAUUGUGAUCAAAAUGCUUCGAUUCAGCUCCUGUCCCGACUGAGCCCGCUGAAUAACUCAUUUCUUCACACAGCAGUGACUUUCGGGCAUGUAAGUCUAGCCAUCAAGAUCAUGAAGCUUCACCCGCCACUUUUGUUGGUUAAAAACUUUGAAGGUGACACUGCACUCCACGUUGCGGCCAAAACCGGAGGGGGUGAUGAUAACCUGAUAAGGUGCAUUAUGGAGCAUGAGAAUCUGGAUUCUGGUGAAGGUCAAGCGACGGACAUUGAAAAGGUUGAUAUAUCAGUGUUCAGAAUGAAAAAUGAUGAGGAAAAUACUCCCUUGCAUGAGGCCCUGAUAAAUGGUAAUCACUUGGAGGCAAAGUAUUUGAUCAAGGCUGAUCCUUCAGUUUCAUUUUGUGCCAACGAGGAGAGAAAGUCCCCUUUGUAUCUAGCUGCAGAAGCUGGGCUCGUUGAAAUUGUGAAGCUAAUAUAUGACACUACUGCAGUUCAGAAUAACACAGGUGAUCAAGGUAAUGGCGUGCCGCCUAUGAACUUGGUGAUGGAGGGCAAGUCCCCGUUGCAUGCUGCGAUUCUCAGCCAGAAGGAAGAUGUCCUAGGCAUACUAUCAAGAAUGCGAUUCACCGUAGAGCAUUUAGAAGACGAGAAAGGGAGGACUCCACUUCAUUGUGCAGCAUCAACAGGUUAUCUCGAAGGGCUUCGCUUCCUAUUAAAAAGAUGUUUAUCCGAUUCUCAUCGAGCAGAUAGUGGUGGCACCUUUCCAAUCCAUUCUGCAUCAAGCAAAGGUCAUGUUCCUAUAGUUAAGCUGCUUCUUGAACAUUAUCCCGAUUUAAAGGAAUUGAGGAACUCGAGUGGAGAAAACAUUCUUCAUGUUGCAGCAAAGUGUGGCAGGGACAAUCUUGUGAAAUAUUUUCUCGAGAAAGGUGAAUUUAAGAUGUUGAUAAACCAAAAAAACAAAGCUGGAAAUACUCCUUUACAUUUGGCUACAAUUUACCAACAUCCAGCAGUUGUGAACAUCCUGACUUGGGAUAAAAGGACCAAUUUGAAGCUCUUGAAUGUAAGAGGCAUGACAGCUCUUGAUAUUGCAGAAAAUACUCUGGAAACUACUCCAUCGUUCCACCGGAGGCUAGCAUGGAUAGCACUGAAAUCAGCGGGUGCACAGCAAGCUCAAAGUUCGAAUAUAUGGAAAACAGGACAGAAUACACAGCAGGAUUUGUUAGUUUCGGCAACUAAACCACUAGGAGGCAACGGUGGAGAUGUCAGAACUAAAAUUGAAGAUGCUACGGACAGAGUUAUAAAUUCUUGUAACAAUAUUCAGCUAGUGUUACCAAACAAGCAAAGCAAUAAGGACACAGUCAAUACUCUUUUGGUGGUGACUACACUCAUUGCCACAGUGUCGUUUGCAGCUGGUUUCACAAUGCCAGGCGGCUACAAUAACUCCGGCCCUCAUGAGGGCACGGCAACUUUGCUAAAUAAAGAAAUGUUCCAAGUCUUCGUGAUCUGCAACACACUUGCUAUGUAUAAUUCUGUCCUUGUUGCAAUCACUCUCAUUUGGGCACAACUAGGGGAUUUAAGCUUGGUGCCUCUUCGUAUAGCAUUGCCACUGUUGGGGCUCGCGCUUACAAUGCUGUCCUUAGCAUUCAUGGCUGGAGUUUUUGUAGUAGUUAGUAGUCUUCAGUGGCUAGCUAGCGUUGUGAUGAUCAUGGGUGUAGUUUUCCUUUUCACCGUGAUAGCACUAUUCACUCCACUCUUCUUCCCUUCCAAACUGUUCCCAACUUCCUCCACUUUCCGUGUACGUCGUUACAUCAUCUAUUAUCCUUUCCGUUUGGCAGUACUGGUUUCUGGAAGUCACAAAGACUUUGAAGAAGAAGACUAAUUAACCGCAAGUCGGACAUAGAAGUCUAUUGGGCUAAUGUUGUAUUAUAUUUCAUGAUGCCUUCUGUAAUAUUUUAAAUUCUGUCUUGGACUAUAACGUAGUAUUAUAUUUGAUAUUGCCUUCUGUAAUAAUUUAAGUACUCUCUUGGACUGAUGCUUAGGUGAUUACUUUUCUAAAAUACAUUGCAAAUGAAUAUCCUGGAGGGAUUGUGCACAUCUUAUAU